UCAUUGACCAGGAACGCUCCUAUUGCCAGCUCGGACUGGCAUUGCAAAACCCCCCACACUCACACUCAACGAACUGAGUCGCACAGACGCGGCCAGACGAUCCCUCACGAGUCCCCGCCACGCAAUCUACAAUGGGUCAUCAGACUCACACCGACGACCGCGAGCGCUACAAUGCGCUCGACGGUCUCAAAGACAUCCCUAAGAACGCGCCCAUCCGGCCUAUCACUGCUGAAGGCGGCGCGCUGGCAGCCAGUGAUCGACUGAUCCAAAGACGGCAGUUUCCUCAGCAGCCUAUCAAUACUAGCGCAAGGGGUACACCCACGGCGUAUGCGUACAACGAUGACAACCCCUCCGACUCACUCUCGGCUUCCCCGGUCGACAGUCUUUCACGCUCUGUUGGGUCAGAGCAAUCUGCAGAAGCUCUCACUGCGCUUUGGAUGGGUGAUCUCGAAGAGUGGAUGGACGAGAACUACAUCCGACGUUGUAUCUCCGCCAUGCAGCUCGAUCGUGACGAGAAUGGCCAGCUCGGACUUCCUGUGAUGAUCAAGAUGCAGCGGUCAAGAUCAGGCGCAGACUAUUGCUUGCUCUCCUUUCCGGCGCCCCAUCAUGCGCAGAACGCACUCAGUCUCUUCGCGUCUCGUCCGCCUACCUUUAUGCCUGGCAGCGAGCGUACAUUCAAACUGACAUGGGCGCAUCGAAGCAAAUCGCCACCCCUUCAGCCAUAUCUACUUGUCAGCGAUCUCAGCCGGGACAUAACUGAAGCCGAGAUAGUCGCCUUGUUCUCACCGCUGUUCACCUCCUGUCAGUCCGCGAAGAUCGUCACCGACCCUUUCACGGGCGGCAGCAAAAGCUAUGGCUUUCUCUACUUCAGCGACGAAGUGGAGAUGGCAAAGGCACUCGCGUUCGGUCAAGCAGGCAAAGGAAACGGUCUAGCGCUACGAGGCAAGCCAAUACGCAUCAGUGAUGCGACUGGUGCUUCGACCGCGCCACUGAAUCGCUUUGGCGCCCACUCGCCAGCAGAUGUUAGCAAUGGCAGUUCAUCCUACCAGGAAGACGGUCUACGCUCGCGGAUCAGUCCGACGGUGUCCUCAUUUGCGAGCAGUCCGCUACCAACGUCUACGGAUUCUGAGCUUUCUAACGGGCCGUUCUCGCCUGUCUCACCGAGAUCAGCGACGACGUCGAGCUCAGAUGUCAAUCUACUGACAUCAUCCUUCGCGGGUAUGUCCUUACCGGCACACGCUGCUGGCCCUCCGAUCACCAACAACGCGAAUGAUCCCAAUAACACGACUGUCUUUGUCGGAGGCUUGCCUGCGUGCAUCAGCGAGGAGACCCUGCGUAAUUUCUUCCAGCAUUUUGGCGAUAUUACCUACGUCAAGAUCCCGCCUAACAAAGGCUGCGGCUUCGUGCAAUUCGUUCGCCGACAGGAUGCCGAGCUCGCCAUCCUCAAGAUGCACGAUUUUCCCAUCCACGGCAAGUCUCGCAUCAGAUUAUCUUGGGGACGGAGUCAAGGCGACAAGCAGGUCGAGCAUGUCAAGAAGCUGGCAAACGCGCUAGGCAUUCCCUUCGAGUCUGUGUGGCGGAUGGUGCAGGGUCAGGACAACUCGACUAUCAAGCAGAUUGCGAGCGCUGUCGGCAACGGCGCCAACGUAUCUGCUGGCGGACGCCGUGGACCUGCUCUGCCGGCGGGCUUGACCGCACUGGACAUCAAUGCGUUUGCACGCAGCAACAGCACUGGAUAUGAAGGUGCAUCACCAGCCAGCAUUGGCGGCUACCGGCAGCAAGCAGCAGUCGAUCCGUCCAUCUAUUCACGCGUAUCGCCAUCGACAUUUACUCCCUUCAACGCUCAAAAUCACCUAGCGAUGCCAGGUGGUGGCACGGGCCCAUACGGUCCAUAUCCCGCCCUCGCUGGCCAGCCUGCUCAUUAUAGCGCUCCAGGUCAUGUCGGUCACAAUAGCUAUGACCGCAACGACUUUCUACGAGAGAGCAACGGAUCAAGGACAACGCCGCUUGUUUCUCCCCCAGUACAGCCGCAGUACUCUGCUGCAUCUGGCUUGACGACGCCCUUAAGCGCCGACGGCCUUGCCGAGACAGCUAGCGAUACGCGAAACAAGACUGCCAUGCAUCAGAGCCGAGAUAGCAAUUGGAGCGCCUUCUUCACUCCUGGCGCCGACAACGCUCGCUGAUCACGGUCGUGCAACCCUCAGAACAAUAACAACUGACGACUCAUCUUCCGAUUCACUCUUCAUCAUGUGCAACGCUACCUCGUCUGCACCAGCAGUCGCUUCAUGAAUCGCUCCUUCGCUGUCAAUCGCAAUCUCUUUUAUCAAUCCUCAGUUUCGUCGAUAUUCGGCAUGCAACUUCGGUAUCAGGAUAGCUUUUUCGCAAAAGUCGGACGUAAGAUUGUCCAGCUG